AUGUCUUCAUUAAAAAUAAAUCUAUGUUCGAUAUGUGAAAAUGAAUUAAAUGAAACAGAUGAUUUGGUAACGACAAAUUCUAAUUACAGAUGUCAUCGUCGUUGUGCUCAAAAUUCGGCACUUGGCGAUGCACUUGCUCGUCUGAAAUUCGUCAACAAAGGAGAAUGUUCAAUAUGUGAAAGUUUAUGGACAUCCGAAGACGAUCUAGUAAUCACGGAUUGUAAUCAUACAUUUCAUUAUAUUUGUGCUCAAGAUCGUCUCGAUAAAAAAGGUCGAACUGAUUGUCAUUUCUGUCAUCAAGAUUCGGCUCUUGGUAAUGCACUUUCUUUAAAGAACUUAGCAAAAAGAGGAGAAUGUUCAAUAUGUGAAAAUGAAUGGAAUUGGAACGAUGAUAUUAUAACGACAAGCUGUAAUCAUACAUUUCAUCGUAGUUGUGCUCAAGAUCGUUUCGAUAGAAGAGGUAGAACUGAUUGUCAUUUCUGUCAUCAAGAUUCAAAUCUGGGAAUAAUAUUAUCUCGAAAUACACCAACAACUAUUAAAACAUUUACUGAACACAAUUCAAAUCAAAUACAGUCGGAUAAAAUGGCAGAAAUGGAUACAAAUAUUAUCUUAGUAACAAGAACAGAAAGUACACUUGAAAAAAAGGAAAGUAAUUGGCAAUGCGAUGAAUGUUCGUGCAUCAAUGAGCCAUCAACAAAACGAUGUGUAUUUUGUGGAGCACCACGAUUCGUUUUAUCUUCAAUAUCGACUUCACUGUCACAGCCACAAGCAGAUGCAACAACAAAAGAAGAUAAUCAAGUAACAUCUUCGAAUAGACGUCCGAAAAAUGAUAAAAAUAAAUCAUUAGAUCCAAGAAUUCAAGGUAAACCUACGAAAGAAUAA